AUGAGUCAUCAAGCAACUCAUUUUGGGGUAAAAAAGAAGUGGAAAGCAAACGGAUCAGCUGGUGGAGGAGGUGGUGGACUCUCAGCAUUCUCCAGAAUGAAACCAGCUCUUGAUCCAUCGGCUGAUCGAAUCUGGACAAUCGGUCAAAUUAUUUAUCAGCGACAUCAAGAUUUUGAAAGAAAUGCAGCCAUAAAAAGCCAAGACAAUGGAAGUUUCGACUACAUCGAUAUGGUCUCUCAGAACUCGCUUAUUCUCGACAGUUAUGAUUCAUGUCGUAAACUGUUCAAGUGA